CGUCUGUAGAUCUCCAUGUCAUCCAUACCGGCUCUUCUAACUGACUGCGGCCGAUCCGGGCGCACCGAGGUCGGCGAGACUCGGCUCGGCUCGGCUGGCAGCCGUUUAACAGUGCCGUCACCGCUUUGCUCCGGCGUCCAGCGCUUCAGAACCAAAUGUAAGUCCAGAUGUAUAAAUAUCCCCGUCUGCGGUUCUGCUGAGGACGCUUCUACCGUCCACUGGCUCCGGUUCGGUAUGGCGGGCUGUGGAGAGCUGGACCGCUCGCCGAAUAACUCGUCUUCCUCCAAGCUGAUCGAGGAAGACUCCUGCCCCUCCAACUCCUCUUCCUCCUCCUCUUCCUCCCCAGAAUGCGCCAUCUGCCUGCAGAGCUGCGUCCAUCCGGUGCGCCUGCCCUGCUGCCACGUCUUCUGCUACCUGUGCGUUAAAGGCGCCUCCUGGCACAGCAAACGUUGCGCUCUGUGCCGACAGCAGAUCCCCGAGGACUUCCUGGAGAGGCCGGUGCUUCUAUCGCCCGAGGAGCUGAAGGCGGCGGCUUCGGGGUUGAGCCGAGGCGGAGGGACGGCCGGAGAGUCCCGCGGAGACUUCGCCUGGUACUACGAAGGACGCAACGGCUGGUGGCAGUACGACGAGAGGACGAGCCGGGAGCUGGAGGAGGCCUUCGCUAAGGGCAGGAAGAGCACCGAGAUGCUGAUCGCCGGCUUCCUGUAUGUGGCCGACCUGGAGAACAUGGUGCAGUACCGCAGGAACGAACACGGCCGCAGACGCAAGAUCAAGAGGGACGUCGUGGACAUCCCAAAGAAGGGCGUGGCCGGACUGAGGCUGGAGCCCGAACCCGCUGUCUCCGUUUCCGUUUUACCCUCAGAACGAGUCAGUUCGGCCGAUGGCUCGGACUCUGCCGGCCAGUCACAGUCUUCCUUCGGCAUCAUGGUGCCUCUUCCCCCCGUUAGACCUCAGACUCUGCUGGGACGACACCUCUCCAGCCCUCUGUCUCCGCCUCCUUCCACCCUGGAGGAGUCCUUCUCUCAGCUGCUGAUCAGCCAGCCGGAGGGCGAGGAGGUGGACGGAGAGUACGAGUUCGCCUCAGGCAGCGGCGAGGAAGAGGACGAGGAGAAGGAGAGGGAAGAACCAACGGCACAAAGAAGGCCGAGGCUGAGGGAGAACCAGCCGACCAGAAUCCCUCCCAGAGGCCGACCGUCCAGCUCUGCUCUGAGUCUUCGCUCUCGUAGUCCGGAUGGACAGUGUACUGUGACCGAAGUGUGACCGGACAGACUUUAAACGCAUCAGUUCAGCAAAAAAAAAAAAAAACAUCUGUGAAGAUCCAAGGAAAGGAAGAACACCUCUAUGGGUGAUCAAUCAUGUGCCAAAUAUGAUCCUAGGAUGCAUUUGACCUGUUUUUAUGUCACAAUAAUCUUGAGUUAAUCGAAAACCUCCGUCCAGUUUCAUGAAAUCAUCAUCUUUUAUUAGUUUGUAGGCCUCUCAGUGAACAGUGGACUCUGGUUAGAUCAUAAAUCUUCCAUCCGCUGUUGUGUUUAAUUAAAAAAAUAGAUAAAACUUUAGACUUUUAACAUGUUUUAAGGUCUUUAGAAACUGGUUUAAGUCUUGUUUUUUUUUUUUUUUUUUUUUUUUUUUUUUAAAAUAACUUUUUGGUCAGAAUCACCAUCUGUCACUGCCUGUGAGAUAAAGAGCUGCAAUGAUUAAUGGAUUAGAUGUCAUCUAUUCAAUUAAUUAGCAACUAUUUUGAUAAUUUAUUAAUUAGUUUGAGUAAAAAUUAAGUUACUUUCCACCACUGGAAGCAAGUUAGACAUUUAGGUCUGCUUUGUAGACAUCUUUUGACAUUCUUUGCAUAAAAAUAACCUUUAAAAUACUCAAUUUUAGUCUAAAAACAUUCCUCCAAAUAAGAGAUGUCAACAAAGGAAGGAUCCAGGACGACAGAAUUGUAGAUUAUGUCAAAGUCAAUGUCAGAUUUAUUUAUAUAGCACUUUUAAAGACCUAUGGCCAACUAAAGUGCUUUAUAGUAAAAUAAAUCAACAAUACGAGAACAAUAAAAGCAAAACAAUACGACCGUAAAAUAAAACAGAUAAAAGAUCCAUUAAAAAUGACUUUGAUCAGCCAAAGGCCAGGGUGAACAAGUGGGUUUUAAGACAUGUUUUAAAAAUUAAAAAACAUUAAAACUGCAACAAUUACUCAAUUAGUUGUCAAGUUGGAAGAUUAAUCCCCGACUAAUUUUUAAUUUCCGUGGAAAAAAACCUCAAAAUUCUGUGAUUUUAGCUUCUUAAAUGUGAAUAUUUUCUGGUUUCUUUCCUCCUCUGUGACAGUAAACUGAAUAUUUUUGGGUUGUGGACAGAAAAAUAACAGGAAUUUGAUUAAAAUAAUACCAAUAAUCAGAAAAUGUAGAAUACUGGGUCACAUAAUUGGUCAAUUUUGACAAUUUUUAUAUAAUCUACAUCACUUCUUUGUCAACUAUUGAAUUAGUUGCCUUCUAAUUUGAUAGUUAAUUGGUUUUUGGGGCAUUUGUGAAGUCAAAAUUCUGUGAUUCCAGCUUUUUAAAUGUGUAUAUUUUCUAAUUGCUUUCCUCCUCUAUGACCAUAAACUGAAUAUAUUUGGUUUGUUGAUUAAACAAGACGUUUGAGGAAA